GGUUUGUGGGCGCACCCGGUGAGUAUAAGAAGCCGCCCCUCCCGCAGUCAGACGCGCAGAGAGACUUUGAGAUUGAUUAUUACACAUCCUGCUCAUCUGACCGAUAAAUAACAAACAACAACAGCCACAAGAUGGCCCAGUGGCAGGAACUGUUGAGGCUGGAUUCAGCGCUGCAGAGCCGGGUGAGCCAGCUCUAUGAGUGCCGGUUCCCCAGAGAGGUCCGCCACUGGCUGUGCACCGCGAUAGAGAGCCAGGACUGGGAUUCGGCAGCUGUGGAUAGAAAUAAAGCGAUGGCUUGUUUCCGUGAACUUCUGGUGUAUUUGGAAGAACAGUGGAAUCGUUCUGUUCAGGAGAAAAACAUUUUGCAGGGACCUGAUCUUCCAGGGAUGAGAGACUACUUGCUGAAACACUUUGAAGCUGAGCCAAUCAGCCUGGCUAUAAUCCUAUCUGAAUGCCUGAAGGAGGAAAAGAAAAUCCUGGCGUCAGUUUUUGAAGCACAGGGGUGUGUCAGUCCAGCCGUGGAUCAAAAAUGGAGACAACUGGACAACAAAGUCAAUGAACUGAAACACAGGACUUUGGAGACGAAGAAGGAAAUUAAGUCACUGGAGGUUCUCAAUGAAAAGCUUGACUUCAUACAGGACAGCUGGCAAUUCCAAGUAGAGCAGCAUAAUGGACAGUCCCGUGCUGCUGUGGAGAAGGAAUGUUGUAAGCAGGCCAGCUUUAUCACAGAAACAAACCAGAUAGUGCUGCAGCAGAUAGAAAACAUCUUGAAACUGGCAGAGGAGAUUGUGGUAACUCUUACAGAUGUGGAGCUGCCUGAGUGGAAGUGCAGGCAGCAGAUGGCCUGCAUUGGAGCUCCAGCUGACACGUGUCUGGACAAUCUACAGAAGUGGUUCACGGCUGUGGCAGAAGUUCUCCUACGAGUACGCGAACAGCUGCAUAAACUGCAAGAGCAGAGCAAGCAAUACAACAGCAUUGAUGUCUCCAACCUCUCCGGUCCCAUGGCAGAAAAUGAGAAAUCGGCAGUGUCGUUGCUCACAAAACUUCUUGCAAAUGCUCUAGUGGUUGAGAAACAACCUAUCAUGUCGAGUUUACCACAGCGACCUCUGAUACUCAAGACCAAGGUACAAUUCACAGUGACAGUGAGGUUCUUAGCAAACCUCCCAGAGUUCAAGUGCCCAAUCAAAGCCAAACCUGUAUUUGACAAGGAUGUUGAAGAAGCCAAGACAGUUAAAGGGUUUCGUGGCUUUGACUUCAGCCGGGCUGACUGUAAGGUGUUGGACGUGGACACGCCAGGUGGAGGCUUGGUGGCAGAAUUUGGUCACAUGUCAAUCAAGGACAAAAGACAUCCAAAAAGCAAAGGAACAUCUGAGCCUUUUAGUCGUCUGGGAGUCACUGAAGAACUCCACAUCAUUAAGUUUGUGGCAGACUUUCAACAUGCCGGACUGAGAUGUAACAUCGAGGCCAGCUCGCUGCCUCUGGUCGUCGUCUCCAGUACCAAUCAGAUCCCCAGCGCCUGGGCCUCUGUCAUGUGGUACAACAUGCUGUGCACCAGUGAGCCAAGGAACCUGUCGCUGUUCGCCAACCCUCCUCCGCUCACCUGGAAGCAGCUGUCGCAAGUACUGAGCUGGCAGUUUUUGUCUGUUGGCCAGCGGGAGCUGGACGAACACCAGCUCUCAAUGCUGAGAGAAAAGUUUGUGGACAAUCCUGAUGAUCCCAUUCACUGGAACAAGUUCUCCAAGAAUGAAAGUGCUUGGAUUUGGAUUGAUGGAAUCCUGGACUUGAUCAAAAAACACCUGGUGGACCUUUGGCGGGAAGGUUUCAUCAUGGGGUUCGUAAACAGGAAGAGAACACGGGCCCUGCUGCAGGAAAAAAAGACCGGGACCUUUCUGCUCCGCUUUAGUGAGAGCAACAACGAUGGAGCGAUCACAUUCAGCUGGGUUGAGCACUCCAACGGUGAGACCCAUGUACAUGCAGUGGACCCCUGCACCAAGCAGGAGCUGUCAGUCAUGUCUCUGCCAGACAUCAUUAACCACUACAGUCUGAGAGCCAAGAAGAACAUGACUAUGAAUCCACUCCUCUAUCUUUACCCAGACAUUGACAAAGACGUGGCGUUUGGACCCUACUACAAGAGCUCUGGAAAGGUCAAAGAUGGCUACGUCGUCAGAAGACUCAUGCCUGUCACACUUAUGAGUGUUUCCUUCCUCCCCUCACCACCUCCAUCUCCACCGAGGGAGAUUCCCCCCAUGGACAUGGACAUGAACAUGGAAACAGACAUGGAUAUUAACCCUGAUCAACUGAUUCAGGAUCUCUUCACUGAGUUGACUUAUCUACAAAAUGCCACCAUCUCAGAACAAAUGGAUUAAUCCCAGUACCUCCCCCUGAAAAUGUGCCGCCACAUUGUCAGAAUCAGAACAUUUCUGUGAUAUAAUAUUUUCUUUAAAGGUACAAUAGGUAAGGUUGUGCAGAAUACUGACACCUAGUGAUCAAAAAUGGGCACCGCAGCACUGGAGAGACACUGAAGACAAUGAACCUCCAUCAGGUUCACUUCAGUCUGUGCUGCAAAAUAAUGACAACACAAAGUUUAAUUUGGUUUGUGUCCAUUUGUUUGAGAGCAAGAGAUUACUUUCUGAUUGUUUUACAGAGAUUAAGUUCAGCGUAGAUAAAUUCCUCUAAACCUUGGUAAAAGAAUCGUCCUACACAACUCUUUUGGUAACUUUUUAGAUAAAAAUCGGUCAGUCCUCCCAAUGGACUCUAUGGCUCAUCCCCCCCAGAAAAGCAGCCUCCCCCUAAGGCAGAAAGAGCCGAGCAGGUUUACUGAUGAUGAUUACCUGACGUGAUUUCAAUACUUGAACUCAGUGACUUUAAAACUUCCCACAGCGUCAUAGGUAGUGUCUUUGAAAACUUUAUAAGGGAAAUAAAUGAUGAAUUUAUAUGUCGAAAAGUCACUAUUACCUACCAGAAUACAGCCUCCUCUCCUGCAGUGAGAGCUGGGUAGGUCAGCAACUUUUACAAUGUUUUUCCACGGUGCACUGUGGGUCAGGAUCUCUGUCACAAUGUUUUCUUGAUUCACAGAGGAAAUCUCUUCAGGGCACUCUGGGUCCUUUUACCUCUCUAAACCUCUUUAUCUUUUAAAUUAUCUCAAUAUUUACCCUGUUUUACCACGUGCCUGCUCAUGGAGCUUUUUAGGUUGAGCAGAAUCUAAUGUUAAUCCACUUUAUUUGCUUCCAUGGCUGUAGUACUUUUCAUGUCUGGCAACCUGGAGCUUCGGCAUGAGCCGUGUAGUUAUCAAGCUGGUCCAUCAAGGCAAAUUUCAAAAUAAGAAUCGUACCGACUAUAGUAAUUUAUCAAGAAGCUUAGAAGUAUAACCGUAAUCUCUGAUGACCGCAUAUUAAUUUUAUGAUUUAAUACAGUAAAUAUCUGAGGUCUUGUACUUUUAAAGCUUCAAGAAAAACAAAUGGACGGCUACAUUUCCAGGAAAUGCUUAAUGUAUAUAUUGUGCAAUAAUGUUUUUCUACUGUACUGUUUAAAAUGAAUCUGUUUUGCUUGACUUUAAAAGAACAUAAUUGACAUUCUUGAAUAUUCAGAGGAAAAUGAAAAUCCAGCUCCUGUGGGUAAAAAAUGCAACACUGUACUGUACAUAUUGUUUACUUUUGUUUAUUAAAAUAAACAUAUCUCAAUUACAUCUGCAUUAUACAGUACUGAACA